UUUUGGACUUCCAGAGGAAUCGGAAAUCGGAAAUCGAAAAUCGGAAUCCGAAUUCGGAAAAAGGCUUUUUGGCGGCUGCUCGUUUGAAACGGAAGAGAGAGGGUGAAUCCCUUCGGCCAGAGAAGCGUUCGAUCGUCAAGGAGAAGUCGCCCAGACAUGGGCGCACUGUAUAGACUGGCGGCAGGCCUGGGGCUGCUGCUGCUCAUUGCCGCGCACUGCCAGGCAGCGAGAAAGAAUCCCCUAAAGGAUCCCCGUAUCUGCGGAAGACCGCAGUGCGAGAUCGAGAAUCCCAAGUUCAGCUACGGCGAGAAGCUGUACAAGUACGAGUACACGGUGUCGCUGCGCACAGAGUUCGCCGGAUCGGGGGACAACAGCUCGGAUCUGGUGCUGAAGACCAAUCUGGACAUAUUCUUCCCGAAGCCCUGCGAGGGUUACUUGCGCAUCAACGAUGCCAAGCUCUACGACCGCCUGGAGGAUGUGGACAACGAACCUGAGAAGCCAAAGGAGCCGUCCUACGACUACUACGAUAGUCUGACCAGCGCCGAGAACGUGGAUGAGCAGCAGACGGGAGACUUUGACAACCUGCAUCCCCAGAGCGUAAGCUUGGCCAUUGAUCUCAGCAAGAACCUGCUGCGCUUCGCCUUCCACGACGGCCUCAUCGGCGAGGUGUGCCCCCAGGAGCAGGAGACCCCCUGGGUCCUCAACAUCAAGAAGGGCAUUCUCUCAGCCUUCCAGAACACGAUGAUGCGCUUCGAUGUGGACUUCAACACCACAGAGACGGACGUCUCCGGCGAAUGCCAGGUGCAGUACGCCCUCGAGGCCACGGACAAUGUCUAUGUGACGAUACGCAAGACCAAGGACAUUGCCAGCUGCAGGCAACGCUAUGCCACGCACUCGGUGCUCCAGACGACGCCCUACACCUUCCGCGACGACAAGACCAUUUGGCCCAUCCUCAACUCCCAGAGUUAUUGCAAUUUGACGGUGGACCAGAGAAUGUACCGCGAGAUUAGCUGCGUAGAGACGCAUCUGUUGGUGCCCUUCUCCAACGCCAGCUCGGGGGCCUUGACCACCAGCCGGAGCCGACUGCUGCUGAAGGAGGAGGAGAACUACAGCGCCGGGGAGUUCCUGGAGCAGAAUCCCGAGCUCGUGGAUCGUCGUGCCACUCUGGUGUUUGAUCACACGCCUGCGGUGAAGCCCAGUCAUGACGAAAUCAAGGCCGCCCGUGAGCAGCUGGUGGAGAUGUGCGCCUUGGGCUUCCCCAACAUUCAGCGCGAGUUCAUUGACAUCUUCUCGAGCUUCCUGCACACCUGCAAGAGCCUCGACUACAAGACGCUCUCCGUUCUGCUGCAGCGCUCGGCCGGCACCUGCGACCAAGGAAGAAACCACGUUUUGGAAUCCCUCCCGUACAUCGGCAGCACCGCCUCCUAUCAGGUGAUGCGCGACCAGAUUGUGGGCGAGAAGCUGCCCAAGCAGAUGGCCCACAGCUGGAUGACAUCGCUGUCGUUCAUAACACGCCCCGACGAGCAGACGCUCGAGACUUUCUACACGAUUCUUGAGUACGCGAAGCACCGACUGGACCCGGAGUACACUCUGGGCGCCACUGCGGUGGUGCACAGCUACUGCAAGCACCACGAGGCCUGCGAGGAGAGCCUGCGUGUGCAGCAGAUCAUCAACCUCCUCGAGACGGAGUUCCUCAGCAGAUUCCAAAUGUACAAGGGCGAGCGGAAGCAUCGCGAGCGCCUGGUGGUGCUGCUCAAGGGCCUUGGGAACAUUGGCGUCAUCUCUGCGGCCUUCGCGGAGCAGGUCCAGGAGAUCAUCCGGGACGAUGCGGUGCCCGUGGACCUUCGGCUGCAGGGGAUACUCGCCUUCAGGCGCGUCGACUGCUUGAAGUAUCGGGGAUACUUCCUCGAUCGCUACGCGAAUUACACGCUCAAUUCGGAGCUGAGGAUCUACAGCUACCUGCAGGCCAUGCGCUGUCCGGACUACAUCUCCGUGGGCAGCAUCAAGGCGAUCCUCGAUCACGAGCAGAUCAACCAGGUGGGCUCCUUCGUGUGGUCCCAUCUCACGAACCUCGCCAAAUCGAAUUCCCCCGUGAGGAUUGAGGCCCAGGGUCUGCUGCUGAACGACGAGCUCUCGGAGAGAUUCAAGCUGGACAUCCGCAAGUUCUCGCGCAACUACGAGCACAGUCUCUUCUUCGACGAGUACAACUUCGGGACCACCACCGAUGCCAACCUGAUCUUCGGCACCGACUCCUACCUGCCGCGCAUCGCCAGCGUCAACUUCACGGCGGAUCUUUUCGGGCAGUCCGUGAACUUCUUCGAGUUCAGUGCGCGGGCGGAGGGCUUGGAGGAGCUGGUGGCGGGCGCAUUCGGACCGAAGGGUCCCUUCAACGGGGAGCUGCUGCGCAAGAAGCUCUCCUUCCUGAACCGCUGGCUGGGCAACGAGAGCGCCGAGGAGGAGGACACCAUCGAGAAUCUGUUGAGUCUGGACAGCCUCCGCCUCAAGCGGAAGGCCCAGCUGGCAGCAGCCGCAGCAGGAGGCGCGGGAACGGAGGAGGAAGAUGAGGACUACGACUACGAGGAGGCGCUGAGCGGAUCCAAAAGGCAGAAGCGCGAUGCGGGAGCUGCCGCAUCCGCAUCCGCCAGGAAAGACUCGAUCGAUCGGAACGUGGAUAAACUCGGCUACAAACUGAAGUACGACUACAGCAACCCGCGGGCGCAGUUCGGCCUCCGGGUCUUUGGCAACGAUCUGCGCUACUACAACGUCGAGUCCAUGAUGGAGGUGAUGGCCCUGGCCGCGCAGUUCAAUCCGUUCGAGCAGGCCAACCGCGUGCUCUCCGGCAAGGAGUUCACCUACACAAAGUCGCGGGUCUUCCUCGACGCCUCCUACACGGUGCCCCUGGCAGUGGGUCUCCCCUUGGCCAUCCACGCGUUUGGCGCCUCCUCCGUGGACCUGCGCGUCUCUGGGAGCUUGGAUCAGAUGGAGCCCCCCACCGACUGGCACUUUGAUGUCCAGGGCAGGUUCAAGCCCUCCGUUUCGGUGGAUAUCAUCUCCACGAUGCAGACGGACAUGUUCUGGGGGGAGUCGGGGAUCAAGGUGAAGAGCAACCUGUACUCCAACUCGGAGCUGGAGGCCAGCCUCAAGGUGCGGGGCCGCAACCUCGUGUCCUUCUCCUUCAACCUGCCGCAGGACAAGAACGAGAUCUUCAGCGUCCGCUCGGAGCUGCUGGUGAUGAAGCGCGACCAGGAGCUGCCCCAGGCGGGCAUCCCCAAGCGCAGCUCCAACUCCACCUGCACCUGGCCGGUGCUCGAUAGCGCGCUGGGUCUGCAGAUGUGCUCCCACUACAGUGUCGCGGAUCUGAGCAACGCCACGAGCGCGUAUCCCAGUCUCCUGCUCGCGGGCCCUCUGAAUCUCAGCCUGAUCCUCAAGAAGUCCGAUCUGAGCUCCAAGAAGUACGUCUUCGAGUACAGGUGGGACCAGCAGGAGAUCGACAACUUCUCGCUGGUCUUCACGACCCCCGGAUCGAAGGUGCCGCGCGUUCUCGUGGCGAAUGUGACGAGUGUGCCGCACGCCUUCAAUGCCUCGGUGGCGUUUGUCAACGGCAGGAACCGCGUGUCCGCUGGCUGCAGCUACGACGGGGACCCCGACUACCGACGACUAGAUCUGUACUUGGACACCAAUGGGAAUCGUUCGCUGGACCUGGGAAUGGAGCUGCGCCGCCAGCAGGACUUUACCGCAUGGAUCUACAAGCCACGGAUGCUGCUGGCCAUCAAUGGGGUGAACAUCACGGGACUGGUGGGAUCCAUCAAGAUCAACGAGAAGAACGGCAUCCGGCAGCACGACGUGGACCUCUCUUUCGAGACGAAGAAACUCCAAGCCGUCGUUCGGGGAAACAUUGUCCAGAGCGAGGUGACAACCUCCACGAACAUGACCAUCAAAUACAGGUUCCAGGCAAACACCAUCGAAACAAUCAACUUUGCGGGUCGUCUGAUGAACAACGGGGACAGGGCCAAGACCGAGUAUCGGGGCAACAUGAAGCUGCGCACCUCCGCCUAUCCGAAGCUCAAUUUCGCCUCGAAUGCCACUUGGCUGAGCCUGCAGGGGCACACUGAGGGCAUGAUCACGUACAACAAUGCUCCGGACUAUGUGAAUCCGAAUUACACGAGCCUCCUGCGGCUGAUCUUUGCCCGCUCCCAGUCGGAGGAUCUUCUCUGGGAGGGGUCGCGCACACGAGCCAGCGUCGAACUGAAGCUCCCUCGAUCGAAGAUCGAUUAUAGGAUUAUGGUCAAACACGAGGAACGCAGCAAAAAUGGCACGGAACAUAACGUAAUCGUAGGACUCAAGUACGCUCCGGAGAAGGAGGUCACUGGGCUCUUCUCCGUCCAUCUUCCAAGGAGAAACCUCUUCGCCAUCGAUGCCUACAUGAAUGUGACGGUGCCCGAGUUCAACUCGUGCACAGCCAGCCUCAAAGUCAACGAAAAAGCCCCCAAGGAGUACAUGAUCUUCAUCAAUGGCUCAUGGUUCACGGGACACUCCAUUGCCCUCAAGGGCAACUACAAGGAUCGCAGCUCGCGGGUCCAGGCCCUGCACCAUCUCAAGCUGAUUGUCGAGAGUCCCUCGUUCGAGGCGACCUCCCUGAACAUCGUCUACCGGCGGAACCAGCUGCUGAUCUUCUACGACCUGCAGGCGAAGUACGGCAAGGAUCCCUACGGGCUGACAGUGCAGUACGCCGCGAAUGCGCACAACCGCAACUCGAAUGCCGAGGUGCGCUUCAAAAUCAAGGAGCGGGACUACUGGAUCAACGCGAAGCUGCUGUCCGAGCAGCCGAAACUCCUGCAACUGGAGCUGCACAUCGACAAGAUCCGCGAUAUUCACAUCAAAGUGGGUCUCCUGAAUGUGGAGAAGCGCAAGGAACUCUCUCUGGAGCUCAAGUGGGAUGCUAAUCGGGAUCCCAGCCAGCGGCUGGGCCUCCUUGUGGAGUACAACAAUCCGGGGACCAAGCACUACGAUGGCAACAUGAUGGUCACCUAUCCUGAGCGCACCAUCAACUGCGGCUUCAACACCUUCACGGGGGGCCCCAAAUACUACGGGAAGGCGCAUGCCUCGUGGUCGAUCACCGAAGUGAUCGAAUUCGAGUACGAUGCGGGCAUCCUGCCGGGACAGACGCUCCACAAUUGGCUGCAUGCGGAGCUGAGGACACCAUUCGAGGGCUGGCGCACCAAUAGCUUGCGGGCGGGCGUCUACAACCUCCAGAACCUGAUCCUCGUGAACUCCACGCUCUUCUGGGCCGACGAUCAGAAGUUGGAGCUGGGCUACAAGAGCGACUACGAGAUCAGCGAGCAGCUCGUGUCCUUCGACGUUCGCUUCGGCAUCAACAGCACCAUCAAGGACAUACCCACGCUCAACGUGAAGGUCAUCCACUGGCAGGACCCGCACAAGGUGGACACCGAUCUGUACCUGCGCUACAGCCAGAACGAGACGUUCAGCACCUACGGCAUGAACUCCAACUGGGAGAUAUCUCGGACACAGCGCCACCACAACGUCUCGGGGAGGGUCCAUCUCGUGAGUCCCUUCGUGGGCUACCAGAAGGGCGGUCUCGUGGCCAAGUUCUCGCUCAACGACCAGCGCGUGGUGAGCGGCGCAGCGUCCCUGAACUUUGACGUCCGAGAGUUUACCCUCACGAUGGAUGGCUACGUGAAGAAGUUCACGGACAACAUGCUGACCAUCAACAUAACGACGCCCCUGGAGAAAUUCCGCACCAUCAACGGGCGGUUCGGAUUGAACGAAAAGAAACGCCACGCCGUGGCCGAGGUUCGUGCCCCCACAGCGGCCUUGGGAGUGGAGGCCUUGGCGGACAUCAAGAGUCUGCUCACCUUCGAUGUGAAGCUGAGCGUCGCCACGCCCAUCGAGAGCUUCCAGCAAGCGGCCGUUGUGGCGCAGAUGAAUCCCGAGCGCGUGGACAUGCGGGGCUUGUGGAAUAACGCGACGCUCGGCUUCACGGGCGUCUGGCACAUGAACAACCUGACGGACUUUGAGUACUCGUACCUGGUGUUCACACCCCUGGCGGGCUUUGAGGAGAACGGCUUCAUUGCCCAGCUCCUGAAGCGCGAGACUUUCGUCUUCCAGCUGCACGGAAAACUCUCCAGCUACCGACUGGGCGUGAAGAUCCGGGGAGAGCCCAAGUCGGAGCUGAUCAACCAGCUGGGCAGCCACAAGAUGCAGCUGGAGAUGCUCUACGACGAGGAUUUCCAGCCGCUGAACGCGGACAUGGACUACAAACCGGACGCGGAUGAGGAGUACUUCUCGUAUUUCACGUCCUUUGAGGUGGACUCCCUGGCCUGGCCCACCGUUGUGGGCACUGUGGACAUACAGGAGAUCAUUGACUUUUAUCUGAUUGUGGGGCACGUGCAGCUGCCGCAAGGGCGCCUGGAGUUCAAGGAUCGCCUUCACUAUCCGGACUACCUGAAUGUCCACAAUCUGCUCACCGUACAGACGCCCUUUGCCGCCGCCAGGGAUGUCAAGUCCAUUGUGGAGUACCACAUCGACCUGAACUUCAAUUCCUUCUACGAACGCAUAAAAUUCAGAGUAAACGAUGUCCAGAACCACAUCCAGGAACUGGGAUUCGAGGUGAACUACACAAAGGUGCAGGACAACGUGAAGCCCAAGGCCCACCAUGUCCAGCUGAAGCUGACGACGCCCUACGAGCUGCUCCAGGAGAUCGACAUACGCGGACGCCUGGAAGUGGACGACAAUGCGUACAAGGGGAACAUCACUUCGGUCACAGCGCACACACAUCUGUCUCUGGCGGCCUCUGUGGAGAACGAGGACAGCUUCCUGGAGACUGCUGUGGGAAUACUCCUCGAGACAGACGUCAUUCCGUACUACGCCUGCCAAGCGUACUUCAAGAAGGACUUCUCGGCCGUGGACAACUCGAUCGACAUUCGCUUUGAGGUCACCGACAACGGCACCAUCAAUAAGCUGCACAUCGAGACGGACUGGCACACGGAUCCGCAGUACUUUGUGAACGCCAAUGGCAGGAUCCGCACCACAAUGCUGCCCCUGCAGCAGGCCUCCACCUCGGUGCUGGCCACCAAGGGGGCCAGUCCGCAGCUCAGCUUCGACCUGCAGUUCCAGAGCAGGGACGGCCAGAGCGUGGCCUACGGGACGCGGGCCAACAAGAAGAAGGAUGUCUUCAACAUCGAGGUGUGGACACCGCUGAAGAACUACCGCAACAUCUCGAUGCACGGGACGUUUGUGAGGAGCCCGCGUGAUGCCCAGCGAUACGACGUCUCAGGAUUUCUGUACAGGAACAUGGCCACCUAUGGCAUCACUGGAGCCGUGCGCAUGGGCGACGGCCUGCCCAUCGAUGCCACGCUGCGCGUGCAGCCCAAGGCGGGGGGCAGGGACGGGGUCAUAGAGGUGAACAUCAACGAGGCGGGGCCCAAGAAGAUCCGCUUCUCGUUCAGCGCCAUCGAGGACGGCAAGAUGUGCCAGAUAUCGGGCGGGUACAGCGUCAGCGACGACGGCAUGGACUUCUCGGUGCUGGUGGAGAGCACGGAGCCGGAGAUAGCGCGCAUCAACUUCUACGGGACCCUGAAGCCCUCCACCGAGCGGGGGGCUAUGGUGGCGGACGUGAAUCUGGAGACGCCGUGGAAGCAGCUGGGCAUCGAGUCGGUGCACCUGCACUCGGACGUGGGCGUCCACUCGGACAGGGGGAAGAUCGUGGGCGAGUACCAGAUCGGGCCGUACAUCGGCCGCGGCAGCUGCCUGUGGUCGUGGGUCCUCGCGGAGAACCUGCAGCUGGUGCUCGAAAGCUACUUGGAGCGGCCGAGUGCCCAGCCCCGGAAGGUGCACGCCAGCGCCAGGUACCUGAAUCCCGGCAAGACGUUCCAGCAGCUGCAGACGGGGGGCCGCCUGAGCGUCGACUCCAAGUGGAACCUCGACGUGAACGGCAGCCUGCGCUACGCCUCCGUCGACGACUUUGAGUUCGGAAUUCUCACGCAGCUGCCCCUCCCAGUGGGGGAUCGGCAUCAGAUCAGCGCCUGCUACAGGGGGAACGUCAUUAGCCAGCAGUUUAUCGAUCCCCAUCUGUUCCUGGAGGUCUCCUACGAGGCAGUAGAGGCCCAGAAGCAGCUUCUCUCUCGCCUCUCCUACCGCAACGAGACGAGCAACCUGCAGGGCCUGGCCCACGUGGAGUGGGGAGCGGUGAAGAGCCCCUCUGUGGUGGAGGGAGACUUCCAGCUGCUGCAAAAGCAGGGCGUCCGGCGGGAGUUCUACGCGAAGGUCAUCACGCCCAAGUUCAAGGAGGAGCACACGGUCGCCUUGACCGGACACUACGACCAGAAGGACAGGGAGUACCACAAUCUGGUGUGUGCCCUGGACUAUCCCGCGAGUCGCCGCAUCAGUGACCUGGACGUGUCCUUUAGUUCCCUCACAAAUAUGCACGGAACCCUCAACAGCACGACGCCCUUCCUGAAUGUCACUUGGUUCAAGACGGACUUUGAAUUCACGACCAAAAGUGGUAAAAGCUAUCGCUAUUGCCGCUGCUUCUGGCCACAGGACAGCGCCUACUUCAAGCUGCAGAGCACCUACAACAGCUCGGCGGACAACAGCAACCACAAUCUCAAUGGCAACGUGGAGCUGGAGGUGCCCCUGACUACGCGCCAUCGAGCGGACAUUGCCUACGGCCUGCAGAAGCGUCAAAACACCGAUUCGGGCAACGUAAAGGUCGUCUACAACGAUCAGCAGGUGCUCGACGGCAAGUACAAGCGGAACGAGCAGAAGAAGAGCCCCCUCUACAAGGAGACCACAGACAUCACCCUGGAGAACGAUGUGAAGCCCCUGGGCAUCCACUACGUCAACACGCGGGACACCAGCGACCCCCUGGGGGUGCGCGACAUCAAGCACAUCGAAGUCUAUGAACUGCGGAACGCCAAGAACUUCAAUCUCACGGGAGAGCUGCACACGCGCAUCAUGAUCAACGGACAGGACUUCAAGGUGGUGGCCAUUCAUCCGAAUCGAGCGGUGGUUCUGUACACAAAAUACGAGGAAGUCAGCCCCGAGGUCGUCAGGCAACGCACGAAGCUGGAGCUGUCGGAGACGGCGUGGAUCGGCUACAAUCUGGAGCUGGGCAACUUCACGACGGUCGGCAACGAAUCCCAGAGCUUCGCCUUGGACAUCUUCUACCCGAAGAGGAACCUCACGACCGCCGGCCAGUACUACAUCACGGACAACCACUUCAACUCGGAUCUGUCGUUGCAGUGGGGCGGCGGGGAUAUCUACCAGCAGCCCAAGACGAUUCGCAGCAAUCUCCAUUGGACGGCAGAGCCGCUGCAUCGCGGCGAUCGCGACCAUCGUACGUUCGGGCUGUCCGUGGCUCAUCCCUACCUCGAGAAGGACAUCAACUGCCGGGCCACAUACUACCGCGGAGCGCAGGAUCUGCUGCGCACUCACCUCACCAUCGACUACUCGGAGCAGCCCGAACAGCUGAUCGUUCUGGGAGCCCAGCUGCGCGAUCUCUACAGCCAGCUGGGGCACACGAACUACACGUUCAAGAUCUACGGCAAGCACCAGGCCUCGGAGUUGGACGUGCAACUGAACGGCACUCUGGCGGCACGCACUUCCUACUACAAAACGGAGUCCACGGCCCACUACAAGCGCGACAUCUUCCCCGCGAGAUACGGCAAGUUCUUGGCCCUCCUGGAUCUGAACAAGCGGGAGCUGGAGUACGAGCGCCAGUCGCCGUUCCAUGCCGUGCGCCUGCAUCUGCUGCCGACGUGGCAGUAUCCCGUUUACGGACUGAAUGCCACCAUUUGGGACACGCCGGACACAAACCACACGGGCUAUGUGUUCGUGGAUCUGGCGGAGCGGUACGCCCGCAUGGACUUCAACCUCACGGAGGAUGCCAGCCAGAACCUGCAGAUGGUAGGCUACAUUCCAGACUCGCGCAGCGGCUACCUGGACAUCUGGCGGAACUACGACGAGAUCAGGGUGAUCGACGUCAGCUCCUACCUGAAGAUGAACCACUCGCGCCUCAUCACGGGCCGCUUCCACUGGCGUCCCAGCAUCCGCGGGGAGCUGCGGGAGAAGAUCAAUUCCGUGGGCAACUCCGUCUACAGCUCCUUCUCGGAGGGGAUUGAUUUCUGGAUCAAGUCCAUCUACACGGAGACAGUGGAGUCGGUGGGCGUGGUGUGGGCCACGGCCCGGGAGUACAACAAGGAGUUCAUCGAGGACAUUGGCCAGUUGAGCGUCCUGGAGGAGGAUCUGAACGAUCUGAGGCUGUUCAUGAACAAGUCGUACGAGGCCAACGACUUCUACAUCAAGCACGUGGUGAACUUCACGCUGACGAUCCUCGACGAGCUGGCCAUCAGGGACCACAUCGAGUCGCUGCCGAAGAUCUUCACGGAGCUGUGGCAGGCGAUGGGCGAUUCCGGCAAGGCGCUGCGCAACAGCAUCGUGUGGCUGAUCGAGACGAUCAAGGCGACGUACAACAAUCUAUUGGAGGCCGUCAGCAGGUUCUUCCACGGCGAGAGCCUCGCCUACGUGUCCACGCUGAUGGAGAAGGGCAUCGAGAAGUACGACAAGUUCGUGAAGGAGCUGCACAUCAAGUUCAUCAAGUACAUCGAGAACCUGUGGCACAAGACCUGGACCCUCGCGGAGAACCACUGGAAGAACGUCCUGAAGCGCUUCGAGCCGCACAUGUUCAAGAUGAUCAGCUUCAUCGAAACGACAGCCUGGGACCUCAGCAAGGAGGUCUUCGACUUCAUCUACAAGCGAACGAACGAGCUGGCGGAGUCCCCGUACUUCAACAAGGUGUCCAGCUUCACGGCGGAUGCGGAGCGCCUCUACAGGGACUUCAAGGCCAACGACGCCAUCACCAAUAUCAAAAAGUACUCGACUCUCGCGUGGAAUUUCGUCAAGGAGAAGUACUUUAAGCUCGUGCCCUUUGGGGCGGAGCUGAACGAGGUGCUGACCGAGAUCUGGCAGGAGCUCAAGGAGCUGGAGAAGAUCGAGCAGGUGCAGAUCGUGGUGCAAAAGUACAACGAGAUUGUGGCCAAGAUCGAUUGGGUGGCCGAUGAGCUGCAGUUCGAGCAUCGCCUCCACCAGGUGUACGGUCUCCUGCGGAACAAAUUCAGGAACUACGCGAUGAAUGCCUUGGAGACGGCGGACAUGUAUCGCGAGGCCAAGACCAAGUUCGUGUUCGACCCCGAGGUGGGCAUCAUCGAUCUGGAGCAGAAGCUGCCCAUGUCGUGGCACGCCUUCAACGAGACGCCCAAGUUCGAGGAGAUACCCGAGUACCAGAUGCUCUCCAAGGUCCAGAGCUUCUUCUCCGAAACGAACUCCUCGAUUGUCAUGAAGCUCUACAACAUGCGGGCGCAUUUGGAUCCCAAGACCUGGCUUCCACCCUACUAUUCUCGCGCCUUGCUCAUCGAUUCGAGGCACUACAUGACCUUCGACCAGCGCUAUGUGGGCCUCAAUCUGGACUUUGAUGGAAGCGCGAACCCGCAGUGCAGCUAUCUGCUGGCCCACGACUUCUUCAAGCGGAAUUUCACCCUGCUGCUGGAGCCAUCGUCCCAAUCCCAAGGACUCACGCGAAAGCUGAGCUUCAUCGCCAAUGGACAGUUGAUUGAAAUCGAUCUGGGAACGGAUCACAUAAGUGUCAAUGGCAAUCCGCAACCCAUUCUCCCUCUUAAAUUGGGCGCCGUGAACAUCUAUCGGGAGCUGGAUGUCCUCUCCAUCACCUCGGACACGCAGUUCAGCCUCCACUGCAACGUGCAGUUCGAUCUCUGCUGGUUCGAGGUCAGCGGCUGGUACUUUGCCAAGACCGCCGGCCUUCUAGGGACGCUGAACAACGAGCCCUACGACGAGUACACCAUGUCCAAUGGUGUGAUUGCCAACGAGACCCAGGCGCAGGCAUUCACCGACUCCUGGAGCGUGCAGCAGUGCCGCCAGACACAGGCGUCCAUCCGACCGGCCAUCACCAAGGAAGUGAGCGAGACGUGCAGCAGCUUCUUCCGCACGGGCAUCCUGUCCACCUGCAGCGCUGUCCUCGAUCCUACGCCCUUCUACGAGAUGUGCCUGGAUCUGGGCAUGAAAUCGGCGCCCAUUCGCACCGGACAUCCGGCUGUGAAGGGAGCCUGUGCCGCGGCCCUGGCGUACAUAGAGGCCUGCACGGCCCUGAAGGUGCCCAUGCGAGUGCCCUCGCAGUGUGUCUUCUGCCAAUUGGCGAAUGGCUCGUAUGUGCCCGAGGGCACCUUCAUGGAGCUGACAGGCGCGGACAUCCCGCACAGCAGCGAUGUGGUGUUCAUUGUUGAGGCCAAGGACUGCAAUGCCAAUCUGAAUGUGUCCAAGAACAUCAUGACUGUCGUCGGCAGCAUCGAGGAGCAGCUGCAGGUCGCCGGGCUGACCAACAAUCGGUAUUCUGUGGUCGCAUUUGGUGGAGCGGCGCCCUACGACCGGGCACGCAGCAUCAUUUACGAGCACAACGAGUUCACGUCGAGGCCGGAGCAACUAUCGGACUACUUUGGCCACAUCAACACCGGAAACGGGAGCAGCAGCGACAUCCUGAUGGCCAUUUCCACGGCAGCCAAAUUGAACUUCCGCCCAGGUGUUUCGAAGACAUUCAUCCUGCUCUCCUGCAGCCGGUGCGCCGCGAAGGACAUGCGCUUCGACUACACCUCCAUCCUGCAGUACAUGCUGGAGGAGGGCAUCAAUCUGCACAUCCUGGCCGACACGGAAUUCGACUUUGAGCGCAGCCGCAAGCUGCGCCACUUCUUCGGCAUGGACCGCGACCUCGUCUACUCGAAGCGCUUCCCCGAGGGCGACGGCGAGACCCGCAAGCAGGUGCACAUCCCCAAGAGCAACCUGGGCAUCUGCACGCCCCUGGCCCUCGAGACCGAGGGCUCGGUGUUCAGUGCCCGCAAGCUGCAGCCGGAGCGCAAGUAUCCCAUCAAGCGGUUCGCCACCAUCUUCGCGAAACGUGUGGCUCUCAGUGCCAGGCCCAUCCAGGCGCAGACCUGCGAGUGCUCUGCCCACAACACAGGCGUCUCCUACGUGGCCUGCUCCCCCAGAGCCCUGCCCGAGGAGAAGGGCAGGCUGGAUGAUUAUGAUGACUUCAACGACUGGGAAUGGGACGACGAGCUGGACGCAGAGGCCCCCUAGAGGAAGCCCUAGAGGAAGUUCUCCUAGUUCUUAGCCAUCCACAAUUUAGUUAGAGAGUUUUGCCCAGUUAUGGCACUUUUCCAUGGCAUAACGGGCGGACAUUUUUUGUAAAAAUAAAUCAUACUUGAAAGCCA